AUGUAUAUUCAUUUGCAGUUACUUUAUGGGAAAUCUGGUCGCGAUGUUCUUAUUUACCCUUUUCUCCUCGGAUCGGCAAGUACUGUUGUCAUCAUGCUCUAUCGAAUGUCUCAGGAAGCUGAACGUACUCGACUAACGACCCCAGACAUCAACCAACAACGUUUCAAUGUUGACCUGUCCAUCCAAAUAAAGCUGUCCGAAUCUCUCACGACGAGUAACUUUGUAAAUAUGAGUUCCGUCGAUAGUGAAGAUAAUGCUGCAAACAAGCUGUUGGAGACGUGGCGAUCGCUGUCACCAUCGUUGGAUCGUGUGAAUAAGUUUUCUUACGACGUCAUGCUCUCCAAAUAUGUAGAAUCGUCUGCGUGGAAUGGAAUCCAACUACUCGAUGGCCAAAACAAUACAGAACUUCUGAAAAUUGAUCGCCUGUCAACGAAUGAACUCAUCUCAUUUUCGUCGUUAAUGAAAUCGGGAACAGUUGAUGGGAAAUUCGUGUACUAUGUGAACUACGGACGACAAGAAGAUUUUGCAUACAUCUUCAAGCAUCGAAUAGGUAUUCGAGAACCAGAAAAAUCCGUUGUUUUUAUGCGUCGACGACCGUCGGUCAUUUCUCAGACUGAACAGAUUUAUCAAGCCAUCUAUUAUGGUUUUGGUGGCUUAGUUCUCUUCGAUGACAAUGUUGAUCAGCAGAUAGUAACCAACAAUCGACACACGUUUUUCGAAGAAUGGAGACGAUAUUUAGCUAUGCAGGACCGUGAUGACUAUCUGAAUGGAAGACUGAAGAAUACCAAUCAUUCGAUAUGUGUGUUGACUCUUUCGUACGAUGACGUUCAACGUAUCUUCGGAUCUCUUCAGCCCGAUUCCAAUCAGUGGUCAACUCCUCCACUCGAAUGGCACAAUCAAUCCACACUGAUGAAGAUCGGCGGACCGCUCACAACUAUCAAACUCAGACUCGUUGUCAACGUGGAACAAGUCAAAGUCGAGCUCCCAGUCGUCAUGAUUUUAAUUCAAUAUAUUUUUUAUAAACGGUUUGGAUUCAAAAUCGAAAGAGAAUACAUCGAUGCGUCAGUUUUAUAUUCCAUUCAAAUUGUAUUAACAGUUCUCCUGGCAUGUGAACCAAUUCUACUGUAUGCAACAGAAACAACAGCAUUUGGAAAAAGCAAACUUCCGGGUUACACAAUCUUUCGUUGUGUACUUCGAACUGCAGUUUGGCUAUUUUCAUUGAUCAUUCUUCGAAUUGAACGGACAAAAACAAUGCCAACAAGUCAAACACGUGGCCAUGGUUUGACACUCUUGACAUUUUGGUGCAUUGCAGUUUUAAUCGAAUUAUGCACUUUGAUAUCUUAUCGUUCGUCAUGCAAAAGUGGCUGA